UUCUGCUGCCUUUUAAUUACGAGUUCCCUUCUUUAAAUAAUUUCUGUCUUCUCUAAAUUUACUCAAUGCUGUUAAAGUAGCAGGGAAGCUCCUUCAAUGUUUAACUGCUCAGGAAUUUCUUGUGUCAGAUAUCCUGGUUUGUCACUCUUAACUCCUGCCUUCCCCCAAAUCCUAGUCACAGACACAAUUCUGCCAAGCUCCUUGCAACUACAUGACCAGGAUGACCCCUGCCCCAGAUUCUAGUACUUUGUUCCUCAUUUCUGUCUGAGACUGCAACAGCAUAGCCUUCAUUGUCUGUAUUUCUAACCAGCGUUCUGGUCAUGGCCACUUCAGUAAUCACUAAGAAGAUUCAGGCUUUCCCUACAGCUCUCCCUCCUCCUAGGCCCUCACGGUAAUCCCUCUUAAUGCUCCAUUUAUGGCAAUCUAGACCUUUUCAAGCCUGGUCCACAAAUCUUCCAGCUUCUACCUCUUAGUCAGCCCCAAAGCCACUGCUACAUCUUCAGGUAUUUGUUAUAGCCACAGCUCCACUUCUCAGUACCACUUUUCUGUCUUAAUCCAUUUUCUGUUGCUAUAAUAGAAUGCCCAGGCUGGGUAAGUUAUAAACAAUAAAGUUUAUUUGGCUCACUUUCCUGGAGACCGGGAAGUCCAAGAUCAAGAUCACAUCUGGCAAGGGCCUUCCUGCUGCUUCAUAACACAGCAAGAGGAAGCAGUGGUGCCGGGGAGUGUUCCAGCAAUGAGCAAAACAGAGUCCCUGUCCUCGGUGAGCUUACAUUAUCAUGUGGAGAGACUCCAGAUAGCCCUGGUGAACCCUAUGAGGAAGACAAAACAGCCCAAGAAGGAGCAGCCACUGAGGGACUGAUGCCCUUGGCCAUGAGGAACCCCCAACCAUUAUUUGCACAGGUGCAGCCUGUGUGACUGAGCCACCGCUGCUCCAGCUGUUUCACGUCACGGUUCCCUUUACUGAACGUUAAGUGCUUACAGUCAUUCUUCCAUCCUCCAGACACCAAGUCCCCACUGGCCAGUUCCCUGGGAGGCCUGGACAGCCCCUCACUGAAGCUUGCCUCCCUCCUGUACAUUGGCAGGACCAGUCUCCCCGGCCUGGACACAGCCUUCCAGGAGCCUGGGCGUGGCCCACCCACUCCCCCUGGUCUCACCUCGCCUUGUUUACCAUGAACUGAAGGCGAGGAGAGAUACCCCCAAAAGGAAUGUGGGCUUGAGCAAGGGAAGAGCCAGGACCAUCUGUGUUUGUACCCAGGAGAGCAGCAUGGCCUUGGGGGGAAAUGGACUGGGCAGAAUCCCAGCCGAUCCAUCAGGCCUCAGCUCCUCCUGUAUGGAACAGGGAUAGUUAGUGACCACCCCAAACUGUCCCUGUGAGCAAUGAAGGCCUCCCGUGGCCAGAGCCUCAGCCCCCACAGAGGCCGGUAUUCUAUUAUUCUGUGUCUUGGAACCAUGGGGACAGGGAGGUCAAGAAGGAGGUAGGGAGAGAGGAAUGGGGGCAAGAGGACUGCGGAGGAAACAAAAAGAACCUGUGACAUUGGAAACGGGGAGCAGAAUUAGCACCCGCCUCCUCCCUGGAGUCCGUGGGGUAAUGCUACAGUGAUGGAAGCUGUCCCCACGAGCUCUUCUAGAGGCCAGUCUUCUACUCAGGCACCCACCUGCAUCACUAGCUCAUUUUAUCUCACAGGGAGCAACAGCUCUCACUCACCCCAGCUCAGGCUGGCCCCAGCCCCAGCCCCUGCCAAUCUUCAGGCCCCGGGGUGCUGAGGCCCUCCCAGCUUCUGGUGCCCUCAGGUCCCCUGCGUCUCACCCUCUACACACGUCUUUGCAGAGUUGGAUGGGGCAUCGGGCGGAUGACCGCGGGAACGGUCGUGAUCACUGGCGGAAUCCUAGCUACGGUGAUCCUCCUCUGCAUCAUCGCCGUCCUGUGCUACUGUAGGCUCCAGUAUUACUGCUGCAAGAAGAGCACAGCUGAAGAUGCAGACCAGGAGGAGGACGAAGAGGAGGAGCAUGGCCUUCCCGUCCACCCCAGGGGCCCCACCUGCAAUGCCUGCAGCUCCCGAGCUCUGGACGGCAGAGGCAGCCUGGCACCUCUUACCGGCGAGCCCUGCAGCCAGCCGUGCGGGGUGGCCGCUGGCCACUGCACCACCUGCUCCCCUUACCACACCCCCUUCUACAUACGGACAGCUGACAUGGUGCCCAACGGGGGUGGAGGCGAGAGGCUCUCCUUUGCUCCCGUUUGCUACAAGGAGGGGGGACCCCCAUCCCUCAAACUGGCAGCGCCCCAGAGUUACCCGGUGACCUGGCCAGGCUCUGGGCGCGAGGCCUUCACCAAUCCAAGGGCUAUUAGUACAGACGUGUGACCCCGUCCACCCCAGCCAGCACACACACCAACGCUGCCACCCGGAGGAGCAGAGGAGGCGGCCAGUGGCCCUCCAGCAGCCCCACGAAGACUCCUCGUUUCUUUGGCCUUUCUUGCUCCACAGCAGAGGGCUCGCCAGGUUGAGCUGUUGAGAACCAGGGCAGGCCUGGCUCCCGCCCGCCCCGUGGCUCACAGGUUGGGGCCCAUCUGAUGGGUAGGCCUUGCCGCUCCCCCAGUUUCUGUCUGACUCCCCUCUGACCACCCCCUGCAUCACCACAACCCCUUCCAGGACCCCCAAGCCCCGGCUCUGCUGGCUGGGCAAAGGAGCCCCAGGGAACACGGCUCUAGGGGCCUCCAGAGCCUGUGGGAGAUGAAGCGGCCAUGUCCAGAGGAAAGGGGGACAGAGGGCAAGGAGAGAAGUGAGGACUGGACACCCAGAAGUUGGGGAGGGCAGGGAAGGUGAGGCCUGCAUGCUGGGGUCAGCCAGGAGCUCGUUCACAGUCCAGUUUUCUACCUUGGGGGCCAGGCUAGUACUGUCCCUGGAGCGGCUCUGCUGGGCUUGUGGAUUACUGAACACCCCACACCUGCCUCUGCACCGCCACCCCACGGAACACCGAGCUGACCUUAAAGGUCGUGGCAUGGGUUAUGUAGGGUCUGCAUUGAAUAUCCCUGUCCAAUCCCCUCCCCCACCGCAUCCUUUCUCUGCCUUAGGAACCAGCUGCCCCCUACUGGAGAAGCUUUUUCAAGUUGUUACUAGAGUUCUAGAAGCUUAGCUCUGAGAUCUCUCUGGUCCUCCCAGGCCCUGGUCCACCUCGCUUAGCGCCACGCAUGGCCACAGUGCUGUGGGGAGGUGUGCGUUCCUUUCCCCAGGUGCACACGCACCAGUCACCACCAGCAGGCACUGAGGGCUUUGUCACAGUCAGUAAUAGCUGCACAGGACAAGCGACCAGGGACACCAAUGAGCAAGAAAAGCAGCAAGGACAGAGGUGAUAUUUUAAAAUUGUUUUUUAGUUAUAGAUGAACACAAUACCUUUAUUUUAUUUAUUUAUUUUUAUGUGUGGCUGAGGAUCAAACCCAGUGCCUCACACGUGCCAGGCAAGCGCUCCACCACUGAGCCCCAGCCCCAGCCCCCAGGAGGUGAUUGGGGGCCAGUCCCUAUGGCAACCAGACAGAAGGUCCAGGAAGAGCCUGGAGUCCGUGGGGCAAUGCUGCAGUGACUGAAGCUGCCCCCACAAGCUCCUCCAGAAGCCAGGUACUCCACUUGGGCAUCCACCCGUGUCACCAGAUCAUUUUGUCCCACAGGGAGCAACAGCUCUCCACUAGAGGGCUCCUGAGGAUCAGGUGUGUCUUGGCAAUUGACUUUAGUGCUUACUGCCCUCUUUGGCCACCCCACUCUCCGGUCUCCUGCUGGUGGGACAUUUAUUGCUGUUUCACUCUAGUCCCAAGUUCAAGUCCUGCUUACAACCCUGCAGUGGCCUUAUGCUUUUUCAGUCAUAUAUCUGAUGCAAUUUCCAGUAGCUUCUGCAUUAAAAGGUGGCUGUCCCUGCUUCUAAGGGCAUAGCUAACCCCUGCCCACUCCUGAGUCGCUGAAUGUUACAGAUGGUGGCACAGGGAUGAGGCUGGCCUCUCUGCUGAAAUCCUAGUAUUCGACACGGGUAGGUACAGUGGAGGGAGUGGGAAGGGGGACGCCCACCUCACGUCUCAACCUGGAAUCCAAGCACACUGGGUUGAGAAGCAGAAGACCUGGGCUCUGGCCCCAUUUUGGUCACUCACUGGCUCUAGGACCAGUCACUUCCCUGAGACUCUAUUUUCUCCAGGAAGACGAGGGUGAAGUCUAAGGGCCCCCUAGUGCUGUAUGAAGUGAGGACUUCCUAAAAACAGGUGCAGCCUGGCUAUUCCCUCUCGCCCUCCUCCUCCUGACGGGGGAUGGAUAUGUUCCCAGCUGUCUGAUCCUGUGUACAGGGAUGCUGGCUGAAUUCUAACUGUCAGACAGACAUGUUUGACCCCACGGAGUGACCUCCUCAGGUGGGAGCUCUGCUUCUGCACCAGGAAGCAGCUCUAGGUGGGUCAAGGAGAUUUGUCUCCCAGUGCAGGGAACAGCGUUGAUACCUUUCCUGGGCGAAUGUAACCCUGUGAUGAGCUGCUGGGCCUGGCCGCCCUCCCAGCUUCCUGAGGACCAGCCCUGGUGCCUUGCGCCCCUUCAGUUCCACAGCUGAUGACCCCAGGGCCACAGCCUUCCUCACCAAAAAUAACAACUCCAUCGUUGCACCUCCUGCCUUGGAAGAAUCAGCACAACCCAGCUAACCACCACCCGCUUCUUGCCCCUGAUCUGUUGGGGUCCCUGAGGACAAAGCAUCCCACAGCAUUGUCUCCUCCGGCAGCUGUCCCAACCUAACUGCUCUUAACCCAAGUCAGAAUCUAGGUCUGGGGUGUUAGAAGGCAGGCCACUGCCCUCCCCAAGCAGCCCUCACUGCUCAGAGCCCAGGCUCCAAACCAGGCUCAGGCUCGCUUGCCCCGCUGUAGCUGCUGGGCCUUGUGCUGGUCAGCUUUUCGUCAUUGUGACCAGUGAUACUUGAUCAGAACUUAGAGGAGGAAAAGCUUAUUUGGGCUCCAUCAGAGGUCUCAGUCCAUGGUCAGUGGGCUCCAUUGCUUAUGGUGGAAGGGUGUGGCAGAGGGAAGCAGAGCCAGGGAGAGAGAAGGGGCCAGGGACAGAAGAAGCCCCCGAGGCCACAUUCCCAGUGACCUACAUCUUCCAGCCACGCUCCACCUGCCUAUAGUUCUCACCAGUUCCCAGAAAAUCCAUUCAAACUAUUAAUCUAUCAAAUCAUUCAUCCACGGAUGAGUCCUGAGCCCCCAGGACCCAGUCAUUGCCUAAAAGCCCACCCCGGGACCUUGCUGCGCUGGGGAGCCUGCCUUCCACGCAGGACGCUGCGGAGAUGUUCCAGGCCCAGACGGUAACAGGCCUGCCCUGUGGAGGAGGAAGCUCACCCCACUCGGCCACACUGUCCUGUUAGCUGUGGCGUCUACUACGGGACACUAUUUAUACACUCUUCAAACUGAACCCUGAACAGGAAGAGAAGGAGGCGGGCCCAGUCUUCUCCGCCAUCUUUCUCGGCCUCCACUUCACUACUCCUGCAGAUUUCUUGUCUUGCAUCUUUGAUAACUUGGAGUCACAACCAAGUGAAUGUCAAAAUAAAUGAGAAAUUUGAAAUAGAAA